AUGUCUAAGGUUACGCGUGGGGUGUUGACGGAGGGAGAGGAGGAGCGUCUCGACCGACUCGAGGCUAACGUUACGAGUCUUCUGCUUGAAGAGAACCGAGAGCCUUUUGUAUCCGCCCGGUAUUUUAACUGGGCGGUAGACUUAUUUGGGUGGAUGUUCUUUGAUUUGUCGCUUUUUGUCCGACUAAUCAACCAACAUGGCCUCUAUUCCCUGCGUAACAUUUCAUACUGCACACCGCUCGGCGCUGUGAUUAGGAUGGCAGCCAUAGCCCAUAAUAGUGUCAAAUUUUAUCGUGCCGAAGACACGGAUACGGACAAAUUUCAGGAGUUCCUACCUGCUCUUAUAAAAGGCAGAGCGCACCCUGGGACCAUGUGGGUCUCUCUGGGCGUGUAUCUGUUAUGCGAGAGUAUCGGAUUUGGAGGAGGAGGGGGCCGCAUUAAAUCCAUCGAAAGCGACAUGAUGUGGGCGUGGCUACACAGGAUAUGUCUCGUCAAAGACGCCAAGAAGCCGUCGCAAGAGGGGCAAGUUGUGGAUUGCGUUAGCAUGAAGGAUUUCCGCGCCAAGGUAAAGGAAGAACCUCUACAGGAGGGUCACGUUAGGCAAUACUGCAGAAACGUGACUAUAGGUGGUGGAGCUUUCUACGCCUUCUACCUGUCUCUGGAGGAGCAAGGAGACGAGACCGUGGCACGAGAGCUGGCUGGACAUUGUGAUUAAGGCCUUUUGAGCGAUGAAUCAAGGAUAGUUAAUACUUGUGUCAGAGAUACCCGUUGAUUAAUGUUAUAUACAGAGUGAGUGUCUAGGGUAGGUAUACCAAGUAGUAUAUUGUAUUGAUAUAGUAACGCCUGGC